ACCGGAAGCAUCCCUGCGGUUCCUCGGUGUUUUGGAGAAUGCGGUUGUACCUCAGCGUAGGUGAAGGUGGUGCUUUAAAAAGUUGUGAGGGGAGUUUCUGUUCCGCAUAGCGCUGGUUCAGCCCGAGUUACAGACACGUAUAGUUUGCAACAGAACAGCAGCUCCGGACUCGACGUUUGUCUCGACAAGGCACAUUUAACCGAGGAGGGAACGUAGUCGGCAUUUUCCUGGAGUUACUGACUGUCGAGUUGGCAGAGAUGUUUCAAAUAAAAAGGAUCUGUUGCAUUGGUGCUGGAUAUGUAGGAGGCCCUACAUGCAGUGUGAUCGCCCAGAUGUGUCCAGAGAUCACAGUAACUGUUGUGGAUGUCAAUGAGUCCCGAAUCAAAGCCUGGAACUCAGACACCCUCCCCAUAUAUGAGCCGGGCCUGAAAGAGGUGGUUGAAUCCUGCAGAGGGAGAAAUUUGUUUUUCUCUACAGACAUAGACUCAGCCAUCAGGGAAGCUGACCUCGUCUUUAUCUCUGUUAACACCCCAACAAAGACCUAUGGGAUGGGAAAGGGUCGUGCGGCAGACCUAAAGUUCAUUGAGGCGUGUGCUCGGCGGAUUGUGGAGGUGUCUGAUGGCUACAAGAUUGUCACCGAGAAGAGCACAGUCCCGGUUCGAGCUGCCGAGAGCAUUCGACGGAUAUUUGAUGCCAACACCAAGCCCAGCCUCAACCUACAAGUGUUGUCCAACCCAGAGUUCCUUGCAGAAGGAACAGCGGUGCGGGAUCUGAAGGAGCCAGACCGCGUCCUGAUUGGUGGAGACGAAACAGCUGAAGGUCAAAGAGCAAUCAGAGCGCUGUGUGCUGUCUAUGAACAGUGGGUUCCCAAAGCCCGAAUCAUCACAACCAACACGUGGUCGUCCGAGCUGUCCAAACUGGCAGCCAAUGCAUUCCUGGCACAGCGAAUCAGCAGCAUCAAUAGCAUCAGUGCUCUGUGCGAGGCCACCGGAGCCGACGUGGAGGAGGUCGCCAAGGCGAUUGGCAUGGACCAGAGAAUAGGCAGCAAGUUUCUCAAAGCCAGCGUAGGUUUUGGUGGAAGCUGUUUCCAGAAGGACGUGCUGAAUUUGGUGUAUCUGUGCGAGGCCCUCAACCUGCCUGAGGUCGCCUCCUACUGGCAGCAGGUGAUAGACAUGAACGAGUACCAGAGGCGGCGGUUUGCCUGCAGGAUUAUUGACUGCCUCUUCAACACUGUUACUGGCAAAAAGAUUGCUCUACUUGGCUUCUCCUUCAAAAAAGACACAGGUGACACAAGGGAGUCGUCCAGUAUCUACAUCUCUAAAUAUCUGAUGGAUGAGGGAGCCAAGCUGUUCAUCUACGACCCCAAAGUUCUUAAAGAGCAAAUCAUUCAUGACCUCUCCCAGCCCAGCAUCUCAGAGGACAAUCCAGAAAGAGUGUCGGAGCUGGUGACUGUAACCUCAGACCCUUAUGAGGCUUGUCAGAGUGCACAUGCAUUGGUCAUCUGCACUGAAUGGGACAUGUUUAAGGAACUGGACUAUGAGAAGAUCUACAAGAAGAUGCUGAAGCCAGCCUUUAUAUUUGAUGGUCGCAGAGUGCUCGACCACCUCCACACCCACCUCCAGAACAUCGGUUUCCAGAUCGAGACCAUCGGUAAGAAGGUGACGGUGAGAAGAAUCCCCUACACCCCGGCAGCUGUUUGUCCUCGCAUCAGUGCCACUGAACCUCCCACCAAGAAAGCCAAAGUCUAAAAUUCCUUUCACUCCACACACACACACACACACACACACACACACACACACAAACUCAUUCCACCUCUCUCAACCUUUUUGUAUUGCUAGUGAAACGUCAAAGUCAUUCACCUCCCUGUUGUUACACAGGUACACGCCUAUCGAUCAAAAAGCCAAACAAUGCGACUAAUUGCUCCCCUGCGGUGGGUUGGGCAAGAGGAAGAGCUUUGUUAAGCCGCUAAGUCCAAAACUGUGUGGAAGACGUUCAGUGAUGAAUCAUUCCAGACACAGAAACAUUCUUAUUUUUUGUUUUGUUUUUUAUACAUUACAUGUUAUAGAUCAUUUAUCAGCCUAACGUUUCAGAUGCAGUUAUAUGUGCAGUCUGUUGUAGUCAGUUUCAAAUGAACACUUUUAGUGAGUCUACUUUCUUACAGUACUUAUUAUAUAAUCAAGUAUUGUUGCUAAAUUGCAAAAUUUUACACUAUUUUUAAAAUAUUUUUAUACAUCAACUAAUUGUAUGUUAGUCAGUAUGUGUCCUCUGUAUCAGUGACUGUUUACUAAAAGGGCCAAUGCAAUAAAAUGUGAUGUGUGUCCUUCA